AUGGUGACGUGUUAUCAGAGACAUCCCUUUGAAAUAGAAACGGAGGACAAACUCACGACGAUAAAUUCAAAAAUAUUCGAAAUCAAAAAGAAAAUACAAUUAUCAGAGGGUCAAAGAAAAUCUCACUACGAAGAAAAUGAGGCUGAGAAGAAACAGAAUAGAGAUCUGAUAGAUACUCUCAAGAAGGAAAUAAAAGUGCGGCUCGUAGAACUAGCUCAGGCUAGGGAGGCGGUGUCUGAUGAAGAGGCGCAAGUGAAGAAGUAUCUUAAUGAUAUAUGUCCCAUUGGCAAUAAAACUACUGAUCAAUUGAUACAUAAUUUAGAUUUAAAAGUAAUAGAACAACGUAAAAUGUUAGAUCUCCUGAAAUACGAAAAAGGUAGUAAGAAAAAGAAGCUACGGAAUCUUGAAAAGGAGUACGAGAAAUUACUCAUUGAAAGCACGAAAAGCGAUCUAGUGAAGUCUAAAAUAACAACUAGGGCUCGAAAAAAUGUCUCGCAUUUAGAAAACGAAAUACACAAAGUUUUAAUACAAUGGACCGAAGCCGAGCUGGUUAAGAAAAAAUAUUUUUCGAUUAGGCAGGCGCUCAUAGAAGAUUCUGUGAAGUUUGAAAGUUCCCUAUCACGUAUAGAAGAUAUAUUAAAGAAGCAAAAGGAAGAAAUAAAAAAAUUAGAGGUAGUUCGAGAGGAAGCAGCAGAGAUGCGUGUCCGCGCCACGAGUGCGACGGCUGCGGAAGCUGCUCGUGCUCACGACGCGGAGCACGCACGGGCCUCCGAGCGUGCCUUCUUUGCACAGAGGUUCAACGAGAGAAAAAGGGAGCUGGAGAAGUUGGAGAAGAGGAUAUUUCCUCCCGCGGCGCGGCCAGUGAGACAGGAAUCAGUGAGAUCGACUGAGGGUGAUGCUGUCACUGAAGACCAGUCCGCUGUAGCGCAGAUGGAAGAUAUUUUCCAAAGACUAAUGAAACUUACAGGAGUGAACGAAGCCGAAGAAGUAUUCGACAGAUUCCGAGCUCAGCGGGAAACGUCGAAGAGAUUGAACUACUUGCAGCAGACAACUGAAGAGGAGAAGCUACAACUGGAACAGACGCAGACAUCACUCAUGGCCGAACUGGAGGGGUACAAGUUUGCGUCAGUGAAGGAUAAGGAUGAAGGUCAAGAAGAAAUAACAGAACUAAAAUCAAAGAUAGAACAGGAAGAGAAGAAUUAUAUGGAGUUGCAAGAGAAGUACGACAAAUUGGAAACAUUCCUUUUGGAAAUAAAGAGAUUGUUGUAUGAUUUGUGUAAGCUCUUAGAUGUGAUCGGGGAGCCAGCGACGCCAGAGUGGACAGCUGAAGCGCGGGAUAUCAACGAGAUCCUGGUCGUGCUCACGGCGCGGUACAACGCGGCGCGGAACCGGUGCGCUCUGUUGUCGGCGAGACGAGACCAGGCUGUCGCUGUCACGUCUAAUACACCGAGUGGAGCCCCAUCUGUGACAGGAUUAAGCGCUAAGAGUCCAAGCACGAAGGAGUCUGAAAAGAUCUUACCGACAUACAAGGAACUUGUCACGAGGGAACCCGUCAAGGCACCGCCCUCCGAUGAAGAAGAAGAUAUUCCAUCUCGUUGUUACUUGAAGCGUCAAGCUCAGCUGAUUAUCGAUACUAAGUGCCGGAGGAAAGGAUUCCGUACUCCUUACCCUCGGAAAUAAGCAAUAGAUCUUAUAGUCUAUUAUAUUUUAAAUAAAGAUUAUUAGCAUAAUAAA